CUAAACUCAUAACAGUAAAAUCAGUCUGUCUCUGCAGUAAAGCAUGCUUGUUAUAUUCACUGUGGAACCUAUGGGGUUAAUCCUCUGCAUUGUGUAAAAAGGCAGUUUGAUCCUGACUUCUCUGCUCCUCCUCUUUCCACCUGAUAAAACAAACUGAACCUGUAGCCACAUGCACAUGCUCAGUUUGGUGUGUAUUGCUAGAAAGGUUUUUUUUUUUUUUUUUUCUUGGGAGAGUGCAUUUGAUCAGCACGGGGCCAAUCAGCACUGUCCAGACAGAGGUCAGGGGAUUUCCAUCCUCCUAGAGCAG